CAGGGGUUUUCAACCGGUGGUCCGCGGACCCCUGGUGGUCCGCGGCGGCAUUGCAUGUGGUCCGUGACAAGAGCCUAUGUUGAUCAGUUCACCAUUGUUUUUUUUUAAUAUAAAUUCGCUUUGAUAUUUCAACACAUUUCCAGAAUACCGUUACAUAUCGUGAAAAAUAUGUUUAAAAUAAUAUAAAGGAAAUUCAAGCUGACAGAAUGUAGCCUUGCGCCUAUCCAGUCUAUGGUAGCCUGUGAUUCGCUAAUGGUAAUGAGUUGCGUCGCUAACCUCACUUAUUAUUCAUUACGUACAGUCUUGCGAGCAAAGUUGACACACAUUUAUAAGCAUAGCCGACGAGAGUAUUUUAAGAUAGGUUGUAGUACAGCAAACAUUUGUUACAUAUGUACUAGUCUAGCUAUAUAUCUAGCACCAAUGGAUCGUUUUGUAGUGAGGAAAGUGCCAGAGGGACAGGCUGCCAUGACAGAGGGUCAGGCUGCCACGACAGAGGGACAGGCCGCCACGAUAGGGCAAGGACAGGCUUCCGAAGCGUCAACUUCGCAAAAAAGACGAAAAAGAAAAUACAAUGAGGAAUAUGUUAAAUAUGGAUUCACAGUGACGACAGACAGAGCAGGAGAGGAGGUACCACUGUGUUUCGUAUGUUCAACAAUUCUCUGUAAUGAAGCUAUGAAGCCGUCGAAACUUACGCGGCAUAUGGAGACGCAUCACGUCCACUUGAAGGCCAAACCCGUUGAGUACAUGCAACAGAUGUUGCGUGAUUUCAAAGGACAGCAGGCUACCAUGAGGAAGAGUGCAAAAAUAAAUGAAAACGCACUGAAAGCAUCGUAUCUGGUCGCUCUCAGGGUUGCAAAAAGUAAGAAGCCCCAUACCAUUGCAGAGCAGCUUAUAUUGCCAGCAGCCAUAGAUAUGUGCAGAGCUAUGGUAAGCGAAGAAUGUGCCAACAAAUUAAAAACUAUUCCGUUGUCAGACAACACAAUCGGAAGACGAAUUGGGGAAAUGGCAAAUGAUGUCAAAGACCAGCUGAUGGCAAAACUUCAGACAGUUCUGUUUUCCCUUCAAAUCGACGAGACGACAGAUGUUACUAAUGAUGCGCAACUGUUAACAUUUGUGCGAUACGAGGACAGUGGCACUAUGUGCGAGGAAUUUCUUUUUUGCAAACCACUGCCCGGGCGAACUACCGGUGUAGAAAUAUUUAAAGCACUGGACGAUUUUUUCACGGAGCACAAUAUCUCGUGGCAGAGGUGCGUUGCAUUAUGCAGCGAUGGGGCCCGAGCCAUGAGUGGCAGCAAGACUGGACUGUUUGCGCAUGUAAGGAGGGUGGCUCCGGGGGUAAUUUGGACACACUGCCUGAUUCAUAGAGAGGCUCUCGCCUCCAAAGAUCUCAGUGUUGAGCUCAGUGGUGUGUUUGAUGUCGUUGUCAAGACGGUCAACUUCAUAAAACGAAACGCAUUGAAUACACGCCUGUUUUCAUCCCUAUGCCAUGACUUGGGAAGUGAACACAGCUCUCUCCUUUAUCAUUCAGAGGUGCGUUGGCUGUCUCGCGGCGCUGUGCUCGCCCGUGUGUUUGAACUACGCGGAGCUAUCUACGAGUUCUUGUGCGAGAAGCAUUCUGAUCUGGCUUCCAAUUUCAACGAUAGUUACUGGUUAACUAAGCUGGCGUACCUCACAGAUGUUUUUGCAGAGCUGAACAAGUUGAACAGCUCCAUGCAAGGGAGAGAUGCAAACGUCAUGCAGCUCUACGAGAAGCUCGACGCAUUUGUGAAAAAAAUGUCAAAGUGGAUCGAACGAGUGGAGAGCAAUAACUUGGCGAUGUUUCCUUCAGUUGAGGAAUACCCUGACAGCACUGACAUCAACGACACUAUAUGUGAGCAUUUGAGGAAGCUUGUGCGUCAAUUCGCAAAGUACUUCACUGAUUCGGAAGAGUGGCGCCGUGACAGCAAGUGGAUCCUGCUCCCAUUCAGUGACGAUGCAUCAGUAGGGUCAAGUCUGACGGCUGUGGAAGAGGAUAAGCUGAUUGAGAUGUCCACAGACUCUGUCAGGAGGCAUAUGUACGACACACAGCCCCUUGUUAAAUUCUGGAUAAGUUGCCAGACAGAAUUUCCACAGCUUGCUGCAAAAGCAAUGAGGUGUCUUUUGCCCUUUCCAACCACAUACCUGUGUGAGAGUGGUUUUUCUACACUGGCGUACUUAAAGAAUAAGUACAGGGCUAGGCUUGAUCCAGAGAAUGACAUGAGACUGUCUCUGUCUACCAUUUCGCCACGAAUAGACAGGCUGUGUGGACUUCACCACGCCCAGAUAUCACACUGACAGCAGGUGAUUGGUGACAGGUCUGUCCUGGCUGGGUUAUAAAAGCCCUGACCAGCCAGCAGUUGAGGCUGCCUUGGUCUUCAUUUGUUGGAUUUUGGUUCUCCGGUGUUGUUGGAUUUUUGUUCUCCGUUGUUGUUUUGUCACACACCUAGACUGACUUUGCAUGACAUUUUUAGUUACUUUUCCCAAUACUGAAUUGCACAACACUUUAUUAUUCUUUAUUCUUUCUUUAAAAUAAUCUUUAAUUUAAUUUAAUUUAAUAAAUCUACUUUUAUUAUUAUAAAAUCUGCGUGGCCUCUCUUUCAUGUUUCAUGCAUUGAGCUAUGCAUGUAACACCAAAUACACACGCGCACGCGCAGGCACAUCAGUGGGCCGCGGAUUGCUUUCUAGUCCGAAUGGUGGUCCCUGGGACAAAACCAGUUGAAAACCCCUGGAUU